GAAGCCAGUAAUUCAGAGGUGCAAUACUGUGACUUCAGAAAAGUGCAGUUCCAAGAGGGGAGGAGUCCCCGAGAUGUUUGCAGUCAGCUUCACUGCCUUUGCCAUCAAUGGCUGCAGCCAGAAAGACACACCAAGGCUCAGAUGCUGGACCUGGUGCUCCUGGAGCAGUUCCUAGCUGUCCUUCCCCCAGAGAUGGAGAAAUGGGUGCGGGAGUGUGGAGCGGAGACCAGUUCCCAGGCGGUGGCCCUGGCUGAAGGCUUCUUGCUGACCCAGGAGUCUGAGAAGAUGCAAGAGUUGCAGAAAUCUUUGGAAGCUGUGACUGAGUAUCCCAAGGAGAGGAUAGAUUCAUUCAAACCUUCCCGAGACCUGCAGUUAAGGGAGAGCUUCCAGAAAGAUCAAAGUCAAGAUGUGAUGCCAGAUAAUAGAAAGCUGUCCUCAAUAUUUUUAGAAUCAUCUCUUUGUGUUGGAGCUGAAAGAGUGGCUGCAACUCUGCCACAGGAUGUUUUGUCCUUUAAGGAAGUGGCUGUGUAUUUCUCCGAGGAGGAGUGGUUGCAGCUGGAUGCUGACCAAAAAGCGCUGUAUGGAGAAGUCAUGCUAGAGACUUCCAGGAAUUUGGCUUUUCUAGGGAAGAUGAGUGCAAAAAGAAAGAGCUAUUCCGUCGAGUUCAAGAAAGGAAUAGUGGAGGAUUCUCUGGGCAGGAAUCUUACGGUUUUAUGCAAAGAGAAGAAGUUGGAUCUCCGAAUGGUCCGGAAAUGGCGAGCAGAGUACAAUAACCUCAGUCAACAGAUGGAUGAAGGAAAUGCUAAGAAGUGCAGGCUGCCCGGGUUCUUGGGCACCCGGCCCUUGAGCUCCUGGGGUGCUGAGAUCCUGGGACCUGGCCCUGCUUCUCACCUGGCUGUGCUUGUCUCCUUGAGGCUGCUGCUGCUGUGCUUGCCCUCCUUGCCUGGGCGGUUCUGUAGCCGUAAAUCUUUCCUGGUUCCUGUGGAGAUCUAA